GCUGUCGGCGCGGCGACGGAGAGGGACGAGCGGCCCUGCGGUCCAGGUUAUAUGCACCAUGGCUAUGACUAAUGUCAGAUUGCUUGCUGGUGUUUUAAGAAAGCCAGAUGCCUGGAUUGGACUCUGGGGUGUGCUCCGAGGGACACCUUCUUCACAUAAACUCUGUGCUUCCUGGAAUCAAUAUUUGUAUUUUUCAAGUACUGAGUUAAAUGCAUCAAAUUAUAAAACACUUUUCCAUAAUAUUUUCUCACUGAGACUCCCAGGGCUUUUAAUAUCUCCAGAGUAUGUUUUUCCAUUUUCCAUAAGACUCAAAGGUAGUAUAAGUUCUAAAAAAUCCACUAAAAAGUCUCCACAAAAAGUAGAAGAUGAAGAGGACUCUGACGCAGAGCAGGAUGACGACGAAAUGAGUGAGACAGAAGAGGAGCUCGAGGAUGACCCUAGUGUGGUCAAAGACUAUAAAGACCUGGAAAAAGUGGUGCCAUCUUUUCGGUAUGAUGUCAUCCUGAAGACAGGCCUAGAUGUUGGGAGAAACAAAGUGGAAGAUGCAUUCUACAAAGGUGAACUCAGGCUGAAUGGGGAAAAAUUAUGGAAGAAAAGCAGAACGGUGAAAGUGGGAGAUACAUUGGAUCUUCUCAUUGGAGACGAUAAAGAAGCAGAAGCGGAGACAGUGAUGCGGAUUCUCCUGAAAAAAGUGUUUGAAGAGAAGACUGAAAGUGAAAAAUACAGAGUGGUGUUACGACGGUGGAAGAAGUUAAGGUUACCUAAGAAGAGUAUGUCUAAAUAAAGGGAUUGCUUUUUAGUGAUAAAGCUGCUUUCUAGUGGUGGGGGAAGGGGCCGACUUAAAAGAGCACAUUUUUAUUAAAAUAAAGUUCUCUUACCAUUUUUGGAA